CACAGAGGGCGGAGGCCGGGAAUGAGUGACGCAGGCGCUGGGCAAAGGUGGGUCUCCCCGCAGAGGCCAGACUCCAGCUGGUCGGAGUCCGAGGAAGAAGGGUGGGCGUUCAGGACCAGAGCCUCUGUCUCCCACGGACCGUCUGCAGCAGACUGGCCCGUGGGUGCCUCCCAUGAACGGAGACGCCCCAGAAGUGUUCCUCGCAGGCGGAGACCUGGUGUCCCAAGGCUACACUCGCCGCUGCCUAUCCGCAGUCGAGUCCGGAGAGCAGCUGGAGGAAGACGAGGAGGAAGACGAGGAGGAGGAGGAGGAGGAGGAGGAGGAGGGAAAAACAGAGAAGCGAGAUGGCUUCCACGCUGUACCCCUCCGGAGGUCAGGGGCCUUCCGUGCCCAUGGCCACAACCACAGCCCGUUCAAAAGACACAGCUGGGGGCCAGGCAGGGAGCACGAGGAUCCACUGAGCAGGCACGAACUGCAGGCACCGGGAUGCACAGGCGCCAGGGAGGCCGCCUUGCUGCAGAGCCGAGAGGAGCUGGACAGCUUUCUGGGGCCGCAGAGCCAAGGCAGUCAGCCCGGCCGCGCGGGUCAGAAUUGCUGUCAUCCGUCUGCCGGCGCUUUGGACCACUCGGCCCCUGGCGUGCUCUCCAAGUCUGUAUCCAUGAGUGGCAUCAGUAGCCUCUUGGGGUGCUCCGAUCCGGCUGGGACCUUAUGCCAGUCCUCCACCACUGCCCUCAGCCAAAGCUGUAGCCAACUGGAACGGGGCUCUGGAAGCUGGACAGGCUCCCCUCUGCAGCGCACCCUCAGCUUCCUCCUGGGCAUGACCGGAAAGGCCAAGGCCCGGGAGAAGGAGAAGAUGAAGGAAGCCAAGGACGCCCGCUACACCAAUGGGCAUCUCUUCACCACCAUCUCGGUCUCGGGCAUGACCAUGUGCUCUGCCUGUAACAAGAGCAUCACGGCCAAGGAGGCCCUCAUCUGCCCCACCUGCAAUGUGACUAUCCACAACCGCUGUAAAGACACGCUCGCCAACUGCACCAAGGUCAAACAGAAGCAACAGAAAGCCGCCCUGUUGAAGAACAACACUGCCUUGCAGUCUGUCUCCCUUCGCAGUAAGACUACCCCCCGGGAGCGGCCAAGUUCUGCCAUUUACCCCUCGGACAGCUUCCGGCAAUCCCUGCUUGGUUCCCGCCGCGGCCGCUCCUCCUUGUCGCUGGCCAAGAGUGUCUCUACCACCAACAUCGCUGGACACUUCAACGAAGAGUCCCCCCUGGGGCUGCGGCGCAUCCUGUCCCAGUCCACGGACUCCCUCAACAUGCGGAACCGGACCCUGUCCGUGGAGUCCCUCAUUGACGAAGGUGCAGAGGUGAUCUACAGCGAGCUGAUGAGUGACUUUGAGACGGACGAGAGGGACUUCGCAGCCGACUCGUGGAGCUUGGCCGUGGACAGCGGCUUCCUGCAACAGCAGAAGAAGGAGGUGAUGAAGCAGCAGGACGUCAUCUAUGAGCUCAUCCAGACGGAGCUGCACCACGUGCGGACGCUGAAGAUCAUGACACGGCUGUUCCGCGCGGGCAUGCUGGAGGAGCUGCAGCUCGAGCCCGGCGUGGUGCAGGGGCUGUUCCCCUGCGUGGACGAGCUCAGCGACAUCCACACGCGCUUCCUCAGCCAGUUGCUGGAACGCCGCCGCCAGUCCCUGUGCCCCGGCAGCACCCGCAACUUCGUCAUCCACCGCUUGGGUGACCUGCUCAUCAACCAGUUCUCAGGUCCCAGCGCCGAGCAGAUGCGGAAGACCUACUCGGAGUUCUGCAGCCGCCACACCAAGGCCUUAAAGCUCUACAAGGAGCUGUGCGCGCGCGACAAGCGGUUCCAGCAGUUCAUCCGGAAGGUGACGCGGUCCGCGGUGCUGAAGCGGCAUGGGGUGCAGGAGUGCAUCCUGCUGGUGACCCAGCGCGUCACCAAGUACCCGGUGCUCAUCAGCCGCAUCCUGCAGCACUCCCACGGGCCCGAGGAGGAACGCCAGGACCUGACCACGGCCCUGGGGCUGGUGAAGGAGCUGCUGUCCAACGUGGACCAGGAUGUGCACGAGCUGGAGAAGGGGGCCCGCCUGCAGGAGAUCUACCACCGCAUGGACCCGCGGGCGCAGGCCCCGGUGCCUGGCAAGGGCCCGUUCGGCCGGGAGGAGCUCCUGCGACGCAGGCUCAUCCACGACGGCUGCCUCCUGUGGAAGACGGCGACCGGCCGCUUCAAAGACGUCCUGAUGCUGCUGAUGACGGACGUGCUGCUGUUCCUGCAGGAGAAGGACCAGAAGUACAUUUUUCCCGCCCUGGACAAGCCCUCCGUGGUAUCGCUGCAGAAUCUGAUAGUGCGGGACAUCGCCAACCAGGAGAAAGGGAUGUUCCUGAUCAGCGCCGCGCCCCCUGAGAUGUACGAGGUCCACACGGCGUCCCGGGAUGACCGGAGCACCUGGAUCCGCGUCAUUCAGCAGAGCGUGCGCGUGUGCCCAUCCAGAGAGGACUUCCCCCUGAUAGAGACAGAGCACGAGGCUUACCUGCGCCGAAUCAAGAUGGAGCUUCAACAGAAAGACCAGGCCUUGGUUGAGCUGCUGCAGGAGAAGGUCGGGCUGUUUGCCGAGAUGACCCAUUUCCAGGUGGACGAGGAUGGUGGCGGCUUGACCCUGCCUGCCCUACCCAGGGGCCUUUUCCGCUCCGAGUCCCUGGAGUGCCCCCGCGGAGAGCGGCUGCUGCAGGAUGCCAUCCGGGAGGUGGAGGGUCUGAAAGACCUCCUGGUGGGGCCCGGAGUGGAGCUGCUCCUGACAGCCCGGGAACCAGCCUUGCCCGGGGACCUCGACAGCGGCGGUAGCACGAGUCCUGGGGUCACUGCCAAUGGUGAGGCCGGAACCUUCAACGGCUCCACUGAGCUCUGCGGAACCGACUCGGACUCCGGCCGGAAGGUGGGCCUCCCGCAGGACCGGAACGGAAAUCAGCUGAGAGCCCCCCAGGAGCUCUCCCAUCCCGAGGCUUGGGCCCUGUCCCCACCCUCUCCUCUGUCCUCAGGAAGCGCUGCAGCGACUGGUCAAUCUCUAUGGGCUUCUGCACGGCCUCCAGGCGGCCGUGGCGCAGCAGGACACGCUGAUGGAGGCGCGGUUCCCCGAGGGCCCCGAGCGGCGGGAGAAGCUGGCGCGCGCCAACUCCCGGGACGGGGAGGCCGGCCGAGCCGCGCCCGCGCCGCCCGCGCCCGACAAGCAGGCCACCGAGCUGGCGCUCCUGCAGCGACAACACGCGCUGCUGCAGGAGGAGCUGCGGCGCUGCCGGCGGCUGGGCGAGGAGCGCGCCACCGAGGCGGGCAGCCUGGAGGCGCGGCUCCGCGAGAGCGAGCAGGCGCGCGCGCGGCUGGAGCGCGAGGCCGAGGAGGCCCGCAGGCAGCUGGCCGCGCUGGGCCACAGCGAGCCGCCCUCCGCCGAGGCCCCCUGGGCGCGCAGACCCCUGGACCCGCGGCGCCGCAGCCUCCCCGCGGGCGACGCCCUGUACCUGAGCUUCACGCCCCCGCAGGACCGAGAGAGGCAGGACCUGGGCAGCCCCGAGGAGCGGCUGCAGGACAGCAGCGACCCGGACACGGGCAGCGAGGAGGAGGGGGGCUGCCGCCUGUCCCCGCCCCACAGUCCGCGAGACUUCACCCGAAUGCAGGACAUCCCAGAAGAGAUCGAGAGUCGCGACGGGGAGCCUGUGGCUUCAGAGAGCUAAGGGGCCCCUCCCUCCGUCCUGUGCCCCCAGGAAGAACACACCAGGGGAGGCAAACUCUGGAGCCUCCAGUGUGGUCGGCAAGGGAACAUUCGAAAGAACUGCCGACUGCCCCUGCCGGCUCUGGGGCUCCUCCGACCCCUGGGGCCGCUGGGAAGCUGGGGGGAAAUGGGCCACAGCACCUCCUGCUGGUAUCCAGGAGCUACACCAUGGAUGCCAGCUUUUCAUGCCUUCUUCCCUCUACUUUAGGAAAAUUUAUUUAUUUAUUGUUUAUUAGUUACACGGGGAGUGGGGAGAUUUAGAGGACCAGGGACACGGGAACCAAGCCAUAGGGAUGAGGGGGCCUUGUCCUGCAACACUACUGGGGCUUAUUCAAGCUAAACAACGCCCCCCCUCCAGCAACACCUGAGAGGCGGUGCCAAGGACCAGGCCACCCUUCCAGAAGGGCUGUGGGCGGGGCUGUGCUCCCUUUCCCUCCCCUGCUCACUGCUGGGCUCCCUUCUCUCCAUCCAUCCUGGAGACCCCAGGGAGCUAGCCUGGCUCCCCGGAGUCGAGGGCAAGGUGGCGGUGACGGCUCUGUUGGAGGGGGAGGGGAAAGCCCACGGGACCAGAAUGUUCUUUGUUGUUGUUUUCUUUUUUGUACCAAAGCCAACUGCACGUGUUUUGUAUUUUUAAGAGAUGAUUGUAGGCAAUUAGAAAUCACAGCCUUCUAUCUGCGCUUAUCAGAAGAGCUUGCGGGGUGGGGGGGAAUGGCGUCCCCUCACCGGCCGUAAAGGGGGACCUACUCUGACCUCUUCUCCAGCCAUUUCGAAAACAUUUAGGGUGAGUUGGGGAAUCUCUGUGAACCCUGACCUCGUCCGCACCUCAGCAACCGUGACUGAAACCUCAUUGUGAAUUUGGGGGAUUUUCCAGUGGACCCCCAGUGCCCACCAGCCCCCGCCAUUUUCUGCCAAUUUGAUUGUUUAAAAAAGAAAAGAUAAAGCAAGGAAAAUUAAAGACCUGGAACCCCCA